UGAAAGUGGUUUUGAACUUUUCCAAACACAUUUGCCCUCCCUACAGGGUUCUGGUGAGCAGACCUAUCUUCACCACACUGACUGGGCCACUGGUUCCUUCCUGAGCUGAAGCAGCAAGCCAGUGAGAAGAGCGUGAUCUGCUUCUGCAAAGGCCCUGAGAUCUUCUCUCUCGCCAGCGAUUUCUCUCUCUCUCUCUCUCUCUCUCUCUCCUUCGCUGGCCGCCAUGUCCAAGGAGGAGCAGCCGUGCAAGGUGACCACAGGGUGUGGCAAGCACAAGGAGCGCAAGCCCAAGAAGCCCCACUACAUCCCGCGGCCGUGGGGCAAGCCCUACAACUACAAGUGCUUCCAGUGCCCCUUCACCUGCAUGGAGAAGUCCCACCUGUACAACCACAUGAAGUACAGCCUGUGCAAGAACUCCCUCUCUCUACUCAUUGACUCCGACUGGCCCUACAAGAAGGGCAACUUGCUCCAUGCCAACCAGCUGAGGCUGCAGGCAGGCCUGGGCCGCCAGAGCCCGUCCAAGGAGCAAGCGGAGCAGGCGGUCGCGUCGGCCGAGCACAGCCCCACCGGACCUCCAGAGGAGGACCAGCGAGGGGAGGAGCCGCUAGUGGAGGAGGGCCCAGAGGGGAAAGGGGCGGCCAAUGAACGCCUGGAGCACAUGGAGGGCGGGGACAGGGGCGGGGCCAAACACGCAAAGCAGGAAUCGGACGUGGUGAUGGCGGACGCCUUCUCACUGGAGGAGCAGCUGCUGCGGGCGCGGUCCUUUGAGGUGGAGAGUCGGCUGCGGCAGUACCGGCUGCCCAAGGCUGCGUGCCUGUCCACGCCUGCGCUGCUGCCCGACUCAUGGCGCCUGCUGGGCUACCCGACCCAGACCAAGCCCAAAGCUGAGGCACAGCAGCCAGUGGGGGAGAGGGAGGCCUCUUCACUGCCCUGCUACCCCCCGCCGCCUCCCCCUGAACCCCCCGCCCUCAACCUGUCCCUGCUGGGCCUCAGCUACCCACUCACCCCCAGCCUCUUCUCCUACCUCAACCCGGCGACCUCGCACGCCCACGCCCAGCUCGCCACGCUGCCCUUCCUCACGCACCCGCACGCGCCCGCCGAGCGCGCUCUCCUGCCGCCGCGCUUCUACUACCCCUUCCUGUGCGAGCACUCGCUCGGCGCGCCCCCCUCCUCCCCCCUGCACGCGUCCAAGGCGCUCAAGUCGCCCCAGCUCGGUGGCCAGGAGACCUCCCCAGCCCCGACGACGCCCCCCUACCCGGCCAAGCUGAGCCUGUGGGGAGCCCCAGCUGUUCGGCCCACUUCCACGCAGGCCUCUCCUGCAGCCUGGGCCUUGCCUGAGAGCGCCUCCCCAGAACCAGGCCUACGUGCUGGAGAUCGAUCAAAGGCAGGGGUCGGGGGUCUGGAGCAUGGCGCCAAGCGGCCUGCAGCCCACUUAGAAUCGUCAGAGUGCCCGGUUGAGAAGAAACCAGCACUGAGUGGAGUCCCUCUGGACUUCCUUAAAAACCUGCACAGAAACACACCCAGCGCUGCCAUGGCUACCGAUAAACUCUUCCUGCACAGCUCAGUAGAUGAGUGGUACACAAAUCUGAGGAGAGCCACAUCUGAGAGUCCCCCCAGGGAGGUGACUUCACCUGCUCCCGUUGGCCGAGGAGGUGAGAAAGUGAGGGAGCAGCUGGAGGAGCGAGACCGGGAACGAGAGGCCGUCCUCCUGGAGGACCUGUCCAGCGCCUUGCAGGAGUACCAGCAGGCAGAGCACCGUGCCGCCACCAUUUUGGCUCGAGACGGCACCUCCGCUCAGCUCCUGUGGGACCACCUGACCCAGAUCCGCUCGCAGCUCUCCCACAUCACGCAGGCACUGCAACGGACAGCCCCGAACGCUGACGGACCCCUCGACCUGUCCGUGAAAAAGGACCCAAGUGCAGCUGUGUUGACGCGAGACUGUACGGCGCUGAGCUUCAUGGGAGAGACAUCAAAGGAAGACAUGAGCAGCGAAUCAGAGGAGGAGGAGGAGGAGGAGCGCGACGGAGAGGAAGAGGAGGAGGAUGGAGGGAGGGAGAUGAAGGAGAAGAGGAAGCGCUCUCUCGACCUGCUCAUUAAGCUGAACCAAACAGGCAUCGCCAUGGUGAAGGGGGAGGGCAUGUGGGCCGGGAGGACCACCAAGUGCGAGGCGGACUCAAGUGUUUUGCUUUGCCCCAAGCACACACACACACACACGUCCAACACACACACGCCGCCCGCCAGCCAUCCACACAGCCCACUCACUGCUGCGGACACCUGAGAUGAUCAGCACUAACAUGGACACACACACACAUGCAAAUUCAAGUUUGCAGAUCACCAGCACCGAUAAACCUAAUUCUAAUCCCUCUCAACAUCUUGAACAUAUACAGAUUUAUACAAACACACACACAAAUUACUGGAGAGAGACCAAGCACCUUAGAAAGAGAGUACAACUCCUCACUUGUGAAGGUUGGUUAAAACUGAACUGAGAAGGAUUCAAUGGGCUCAAUUCAUGCGUCUCAACUCCUAUAGCAGGCAAACUGAGGGAGCAACAGAAAUGAACAUGAAAUGAACAUGACUAGUAUGUAAUGUAAAUAUUAUAAAUAAAAUCUCCUGCUGUACUUCAUAUAACACUGUAAUACUGCAUCAUUGUAUUCAUUUGUAAAAUGGAACACAGUGCACUAUUGGACACUUCUCCUCCACUGUCUAGUGAUCUGUCUUUCUUUCUGGAACACCUGUUUUCAUUCCCAGUGUGCAUCUCUUGUGAUAAAGUAUCUGUCUCCUUGUGUUGCAAUAUUAUAACUGUUAUUACAGUUGCUCACAUUCACUCAAACUCUCUCUUGCUCUAUUAAACAUUAACCAAGCUUGACUAUGUGUA